AUUUAUAAAAUUUCCAAGUUUCUUGUACCACCGUCUGUGCUCGUACUUUGAACUUGCCCAUUAUCUGUGGCUUGUGCCAAUUACCGGUAUUGUAUUUUUGACGUUCGACUUUAUUUUUAGCAUAUUUGUGCGAUUUUUGUUUUAAACCUAAUUUAUAUACAUUUGAUAUAUCUAUUUAACUAUAGUUUAAUAUUUAUCAGUCUCCUUUCUCAAAGUUAUCGGUUUAUUGCAUUUACGCCUUACAUUUACGAUAUAAGGACGUUCAGACAUUUCUUUUUAAUUCUAAACUGAAAAUUCUGUAAGUGUAUGUCUUAUACAAAUAUUUGCACAAGUUAAACAAAACAAAGAAAAUGAGUUUGCAGUGGGGACUAAUUGCCGGUUUUCUGUAUGCAGAAAUUGUUGUUGUGUUGCUAUUGGUAUUGCCAGUAAUAUCACCAACGAAAUGGCAAAAGUUUUUCAGAUCACGAUUUCUACAAAGUCUAACCAAUAAAGUGUCAAUCUGUUUCUUUAUUUUAAUUGCUAUAUUAAUUUUAUUCUUUUUGGAUGCUAUAAGAGAAAUGCAAAAAUAUACUUCACUUUCACAACAUCUGGGAGACCAUGCACAUUUAGAUGCUGAAAUGCAAGGUAACAUGAAGUUAUUCAGAGCACAAAGAAACUAUUUUAUAUCAGGCUUUGCAUUGUUCUUGAGUCUUGUUAUACGACGUCUUGUAGUAUUGAUAUCUUCUCAAGCUAUGUUAUUAGCUUCGAAUGAAGCAGCUAUGCGACAAGCACAGUCUGCAACAACAACAGCAAGAAGUUUAUUAUCUCAGAAGACAACUGGAGAAAGUGCUCAAAAUGAUUCGAAUGAAGCAUAUGACAAAGUUGCAUGUGAACUAAAGAAUCAACUCAAAGAGUUACAACUGAAGAACCAAGAAUUAGAAAAUCAGAUUAUUGUUGAGCAGAAAGAUAAAAAAGCUGUAAAAUCACAAGCUGAAUCUCUUGCUAAAGAGUAUGAACGUUUAUGUGAUGAGCAUGCCAAGUGUUCUUUAUCAAGUGGUGAUAAGAAGAGUGAUUAAAUCUUGCUUAUUGUUUUUCAUUUUCUUAUUAAAAAUUUUUUUUGAUUUUGAAAUAACGUAUCUCAUAAACUUUCAUAAAAAAAUA